UGUGCACUGGGUGCCUGCGGAGCUUGUCUGCCGCGCUGCACCCAGCUAAGGCAGGGAGGAACCCAGCCUACCAUUGGGUGAAGCAACCACCUCUGCAGUGCCAGGAAGCGAGCUGUGGUGUGUGCUGCGUGGUGCCUGCUCUAGAAGGAGCCAAAGGGGAGUGGGAGAGCUCAGAUCAAGAUGUUUGAAAUACUCGGGACCCCCUAAUUAGGAAUAACUCUGCGGGAGAAAAGGAACUAACUCCUCCAGGUGGGCUGGCAAGGAAGAGAGCAUGAUCAGAUCCCUGCUCUUCACACUCACCGGCUCUUGAGUUUCUGCAAAAGCUCAUCCUCACAGUGGUGUUGGAAGCAGCUUCCCCAUGGCUGCAGCCGGUGGCAAGGGGCCGGUGGGGACCCCACUCCUGCCAGCCUGCUCUGCCCUGCUCCUGCUCGGCAUCCUGAUCUACCUGGGCGCCCUGUGCGCUGCCUGCAGACGAAGGGGCAGGAAGAAGAAUGUCCCUCCGGACGGAGUGAAGCUGGUGGACGAGUCCCUGCUCAGACAGACGCAGCUGCGGUCGCUCAGCAAGUCCGACACGAAGCUGCACGAGCUGUACCGGGUGAAGGCCAGGGGUGACGGCCAGCGGCCGGCCAGCCUGGAUUUCCCCAGUCCCACAGCCCCCCCCAGCAGCACUGAUUCCCCGCACAGCUCUGGCAUCAGCGUCCUCCUGCACCGUGAGCUGCCCCAGAUCCCCGUCCCCGAGCCCCCAGCUGCCUCCCCGGCCCCCGACCAGACCUACUCCAACCUGCUCUUUGCCCCACGGUGCAAGCCGGUGCCAGACACCGUCUACGAGUGCCUGGCGGUGGGGGGCGAGGAUGCCCCUGUGCCCACCGGCACCCAGGUGUCCCCCCCACGGGCUGGGCACGGGGCAGCCGAUUAUGCCUGUGUCCAUAAGGUGAAGAAGACGGUGCCUGUGGAGGUGCAGGAUGGGGCUGUGGCGGGGCCUCCUGGAGCACCACAGUACUGGGACGGCACAGGCCAUGCCCCCCAGGCGAAGCUAGAAGAGAUGUACUCAACAGUGUGCAAAGCCACCAAGAAGAGAACCCAGGUUCCUGCAUCAUCCCUGAGGGAGGGGGAUGCUGGCUGGCCACCCCCCCACCAGGAGGAGGGUGCCCCAGCCAGGUGCUGGUCUCCAGCAGCCCAAAGCCCCCCUGACCCCUGCUAUGAGUCAAUCAGCGAGAAAGCCUGGACUGCUCAGGGCCGCAGCCCCGACCCCGACUAUGAGGCUGUGGACGUUAACUGGAAGAAGGUGGUGCAACGGGACAAGCCGAGGAAGCCCUGUGCACCCGAGAACCUGUAUGAAAGUGUUGGCGACAUUUGGGCAGGGGAGUCCCGGCGAGCCUCUGCCAGGACGGCAGCCAACGGGCUGAAGGUGUACAUCACCAACCUAUAGCAUCCCCCUGGGAGUGGGGUCCUCACUGCAGGGUGGUCCCACCCCAGCCAGAGCCACCAGGGCUGGGGUUCCCCAGGGACUGGCUUUCCAGGGGACCGAGCCCCCCAGGGACAGGCACACAGGAGCCCAGUGCCAGCCAGGGCGGCUGCAGCCCUGCAAGCGCUUUCUGUGUGUAUUUCAUGUUACUUUUCUUUAAGUGUCCUUGCUGAAACCCAUCCCACCGGUGCCAGCAGGCUGAUGUUGGGAUGCCCCGAGAUGGGCAGUUUGCAGUGCUGGGUGCCAUGUGGGAGCCCAGUGGGACAGGGCCGGUGUUGCCACCACGAUGGGAACUGCUUCAGGACCGGUCCUGUUCUGGAGGCUGGUGGUGGCAGGGCUGUGAGCCAGCCCCAUGGCCCUGGGCUGCAGGAUCAGGCCCUCAUCAACAGGGUUAUGCCAUAAGUGAGGGUCUCUGUCUUCUUCCAUCUGCCUGGGGAAGCCCCCAGGAAGCCAGGAGCAGCUUUGCUCCCGUCACUGAGGGUUCCUGGUGUGGGGGCCUGGGGCCAGCCCUGUGCCUCGGUGCAAGGCAGUGUAGACUUUCGGACACGUGUGAUGGUGUCCCUGUGAGCAGCCAUCUCCCAAACACCAUUAAAAGGCUGAGAGUGGGUUGUCCUUAGGAGAGAAUGCUCUUAAACUGGCUCUAAACCCCUGGUUCUGGUGCUGCUGCUGCUGCUGCAGCAAUGCUGUAGGGCUGGUGCUGGGAGAGCGGCUUUGGGUGCAGCGGAUCUGUGAGCGGGUGCACCUGCCUGCCGCCCCCUCCACGGGUUUUAUCCACCAUUGGGAUGUGCAGCCUCCAAGAGCUGCUGAAACAGGGUGGCCCGUCCCAGAGCAGGGACUUGCUCUGGGGCUUUGCAGGGGGUCGGAGCUGGGGAGCGUUUGCACGGUGCUUGCUGCCCUGCUCACCUCCAUGUCGCUCCUGUGGGUGCUACAGCCCCAACGGGUGCCAAAAACCUGUGGGAGAGCUGGGUGUGCGCCCCCAGCCCUCGGAUCCCAGGGCUCAAACUUUCCUCCUUUCCUUCCCCAACGGGGCGUUGGGCAUCCCUGCCCCAAGGGGUGCCUGGGGCCCCCCAGGCUAUGCACCGAUGGUGGCCCUAGUCCCACUGCCGCCUCCCUGGGAGUAACUCAGGUGGCCAGGGGCUGCUGGAGUUGGUGGCACGGUGACGUGGUGCAGCAGAGCUGGCGGGCAGUGCAGUGCAGUGCGGCGGGCGGGCAGGAAGCCACGUGCCUGCCAUCGGCAGCUUCGCCCCUGCAUCACGGCAGGUGACACGAGAUUAAAAACGAAAACAAGGCGCUCGGCAAAACCUGCUGCAGACUGAAGACAUUGAAGCUGGGAGGCAGCUCGGGCGCUUGUG